CUGACGCCCCGGAAAAAGCUUAGAGAGCUAAGACGAGAAGUUUUUUAGCUCUUAGAUAGGCUAUGGCGGCAGCUCCCACUCUAUCUCAGGCUGCCAAGCUUAGGGUUUCUAGCGGCGUCUUCUCGUGCCCUCGGCAUUGCGGACUCGGCGUCCAGCGCCUUGCAUUCCGGAGCGCGUCCUCUCAGUGCGCCGAUUUGGGAUUCCGCCUCGUCCAGCAAUCAAUCGCGUGUGGAGCUUCUACAUCCUCGACCAGAGGCGUUGUGUCCAUGGCCGGAUCCGGAAAGUUCUUCGUUGGAGGAAACUGGAAAUGCAACGGUACCAAGGAGUCCAUUGCCAAGCUCGUGUCCGAGCUAAAUAGUGCAAAGCUUGAAAGCGAUGUUGAUGUGGUUGUGUCACCUCCAUUUGUCUAUCUCGACCAAGUUAUCGGGUCCAUUUCCAAUGGCAUUGAGGUCUCUGGCCAGAACUCGUGGAUUGGAAAAGGAGGAGCGUUCACUGGAGAGAUCAGUGCCGAGCAAUUGAGUGACAUCGGCUGCAAGUGGGUCAUCCAUGGUCACUCUGAAAGGCGUCACAUCCUUGGCGAGGCAAACGACUUUAUUGGCAAGAAGAGCGCUUAUGCUCUGGAAAAGGGCCUCGGAGUGAUCGCAUGCGUCGGAGAGAAACUGGAAGAGCGCGAGGCUGGAAAGACAUUUGAUGUGGUCUUUGAGCAGCUCAAAGCUUUCGCUGAGGCGAUUUCUGGCUGGGACAACGUGGUCAUUGCGUACGAGCCUGUAUGGGCUAUCGGUACCGGCAAAGUCGCAACACCGCAGCAAGCGCAGGAAGUCCAUGCUGCCAUUAGAAAAUGGCUCACGGACAACGCAUCCACUGAAGUUGCUUCGAAGACCCGCAUUAUCUACGGAGGCUCCGUGAAUGGAGCCAACUCCAGCGAAUUGGCAAAGCAGGCGGACAUUGAUGGAUUCCUUGUAGGGGGCGCUUCUCUAAAGGGGGCUGAGUUUGCAACGAUCAUAAACUCUGUCACGGCAAAGAAAGUGACCGUGUGAGGCAAUCGAAUGGAGGGGAUUUUGUUUCUCGGUUUGCCUUCUUCACCCCAGCAGAGACCCCAAGAACGAAAGAAGGUAAACCAAUGCACUUACCAAAGACUAUAAUAAAUAAAAUCAAAUUGAGAAUACUUAUA